AUGGCAGGUGUUGUCCAUCGCCACCACCACUUUGCCAGGAGAGGAUACCGUCAAAGGGUGUAUGUUGAACGUACCAAGCCACUAGACCAAUACACCACUGAGAAGCUGUAUGUCCGGUUUCGCUUUGGGAAGGCUGAUAUAGAGUACCUUGUGAACCUUCUCAGGCCAAAACUUCAACACAGAACCCAAAGGAGUCACGGUCUGUCUGUGGAAGACCAGAUCCUCAUUGCUCUCCGAUUUUAUGCAUGUGGGACUUUCUAUCAAGUUGUUGGUGACUAUAUGGGAGUGGUGAAAUCAGCUGUGUGUGAUGUGGUGAGAGAUGUCUCAAUCACACUGGCCAGCCUGGUCAAUGAAUUUGUUUCUUUUCCAAAGGACAACCAGAUUGCCCAGGCCAAGCGCAGCUUUUUUCUUUUGGGGAAUAUGCCCAAUACUAUUGGAGCAAUCGACUGCACACAUGUGCAUAUACAAGCACCUCGUGAGAAUGAAUGGGAGUUUAUAAACAGAAAGGGGAGGCACAGCAUCAAUGUCCAACUUGUGUGUGAUGCUGACCUCAUCAUCCCCAACUGUGUUGUCAAGUGGCCUGGGUCUGUCCAUGAUGCACGCAUCCUGAGGGAGAGCGCUCUAUAUAGAGACCUCCAAACCAACCGACCGGAUGGCAUAAUAUUAGGAGACAGUGCCUACCCACUCCUACCAUGGCUGAUGACUCCUUUUCUAACAGCAAAUACACCGGCACAAGCACGCUUCAACACUGCUCAUUGCAGAGCAAGAUGUGCAAUUGAGCGUUUAAAUGGGGUUCUUAAGAGGCGCUUUGCAUGCCUUAACUACCUGAGAGCAGAAACACAGAAAGCAUGCAACAUAACCCUUGCCUGUAUUGUCCUGCACAACAUUGCUACUAAGCGCAAUGUCCCUCUCUGUGCUGACAAUGAUGCACCUGAGCCCCUUGGAGACCCUAACCAACCUCCUGCAUUCUACCAGAAUGAGCAAACAGGACGUGCAACAAGGGACGCAAUAGUUAGACAUUAUUUCUGAUUUGGAUUGGUUUUGGAUUUCAAAAAUCUGUGAUUGCCAUUCUUUGCAUUUUUUGGGUUAUUCUGUAAUCAUUGCAUGCAUCACUAAUA